CAAGUAACUUUGAAAACCAAACAGCUAGAAACAGCCGUCAGGAAAACAGAGAGAGAAGAAUUAGGGUUGAGCUCGAUGAUGGGGGAGCAAGAAGAUCCAGAGAAAACAGGAAAAAAGAUUACGGCAAUAAAAGACUUUUCAUCAUCUUCGAAAGGAACCUCAAUUCCUAUGGAUCUAAUCUCGGAGGUACUCGUACGGCUUCCUGCAAAAUCAGUUGGCAAGUCGCGCUGCGUGUCGAAGCUGUGUUCAUCAGCCACCACCCUUCCAUGUUUCAUAAAGUCGUUCGCAGCUCGAUCGAAAAGUCCCUGUCUUGUCAUCUUGUCAAGAGAAAACGACAAGCUGUUGGUUCUGUCCUUGUUAGAAAACAAGAGUUCGAAGGAGAAGAACCCUCUAGUAGUGGCAGACAGUUAUUCGAUGACAUAUCCUCAAUUUGGUGUCUUUAAAAGCGGCGAGUCGGUCAAUGGCCUGAUCUGUCUUAAUAUAUCAGGACAAUCCCAAAUCUGGAACCCAACCACGAGGCGUUUCUCGAGUUUACCCAUACCCAACUGUCGCUGGCUAUUCUCGUUUAACUUUCUAGGAUAUGAUCCGAUAGAUGGUACAUACAAAGUGUUGUCUGUCCCUGCUUGUCAUUUUCCUAAGUGCAACAAUCAUCAGCCUCGGGCUCUUACACUGGGAGGAGGAGCUCAAGAAUCAUGGAGAGUCAUCCAAGGUACCCCUGAGCAUUUCCCUUGUGGCUCUGGACGAUGCAUUGACGGGGUUGUCUACUAUGUAGCCUCUCCUAUAAAUGAUCGUCUUUCUCAGUUUUUGGUGAGCUUCCAUGUCCGGUCAGAAAAGUUAAGUGUAAUAAAAGUACCAUGGUCGUCCUAUUCUUAUUGUUUCCUCAUAGUUUAUGAGGGGAAGUUAGUUAGUGUUUCUUCAAAAUCUGAUGAUAUUACCAUGUGGAUUCUGGAAGAUGCCGAAAAAGAGGAGUGGUCUUGUAAACAUCUUUGUUUACCUUUCACUCGUAAUGAUCCGAUUUCAAAACCCCGAUUACACUUGAGAGGUGUCAAUGAUGCCGGCGAGUUUAUUUACGUACCAUCAGCUUUGGAGAAUCCGUUUCGGAUUUUAUAUUUUGAUCCCAAGGCUAACAGCUUCAGAACGGUUGUGGUUGAAGGAGUUGCGGAUGACCAAUUUAGACGCCGGAAUGGACUCGGAGACGGACCUCUCAGCACCAUAUCUACUUAUGCAAAUCACAUGGAGAAUUUUUUGUCUUUUUAAAAUUGCAGACGUUUUUUUUUGUUGUUUUUGUUUUUGGUUUUGUUGAUUUUUUUUU